UACAGGGUAGUCAUUUGAAUGCAAAUCAUAUGGGGUUGAGGACGUCUGACGUCAGCCACGCUCUAUGGUAUACCUUUGCAAGCACUACCUUGUCAACAGAACUUAAUUAUGUGCGACUGAAACACAUCGGAGAGUACCUCGCCUGACCACGACUCAGGAGAGCUGCAUUGGACUAUACAACAGAGACACAGCAAAAGGGACAAUUUAGCGCUCAAGGAGAUUUGAAACCAGUUUUUGGGGCUAUUAUGUCCCCUUAAAAAGAUUUUGCAUUGCAUUUGUGAAUCAUGUAUGUGGGAUACCUGUUGGAUAAAGAAGGAAGCAUGUACCACCAAGGGCCCGUAAGACGAUCCAGCAUCAACCUCCCUCCACAGAACUUUGUUUCCACGCCACAGUACUCCGACUUUACCGGAUACCAUCAUGUGCCCAACAUGGACACUCACGCGCAGUCCUCGGGGGCCUGGGGCUCUCCUUAUGGCGCACCGAGGGAAGACUGGGGCGCGUAUGGACUCGGACCUCCGAACAGUAUUGCUACGCCUAUGAGCAACUCGUCGCCCGGACAGGUUUCUUACUGCUCUCCUGAUUACAAUCCCAUGCAUCCUCCAGGAUCUGCAGUAUUGCAACCGCCUCCAGAGAAUAUUAACGUUGCUCAGCUAUCCCCUGACAGAGAAAGACGUAACUCCUACCAGUGGAUGAAUAAAACGGUUCAGUCAUCUUCCACCGGAAAAACGAGAACGAAGGAGAAAUACAGGGUCGUUUACACCGACCACCAAAGGCUGGAACUGGAAAAAGAGUUUCAUUACAAUCGAUAUAUCACAAUAAGAAGAAAGUCUGAACUGGCGGUGAACCUUGGCCUUUCGGAGCGACAGGUGAAGAUCUGGUUUCAAAACCGCAGAGCCAAAGAGAGAAAAUUAAUCAAAAAGAAGAUGGGCCAAUCUGAUGGAAGCGGGGGAUCAGUGCACAGUGACCCAGGUUCCGUCAGUCCGCUGCCAGUACCCGGGUCAUUGAGUCCAUCGGAUAUUCACAGCUCUCUUUACCCACCCACAGGAAUGAACACCUUGCCACCACUUGGGAAUAUACAGCAAGUGACUGUUACUCAGUGAAUCAGAACUUGGAACUUUCAACUAAACUGAGCACUCCGACACGCGUAAUGGACGAUGAGGCAAGACUGAUGCUAUUGGAU